GGUACGCCUCGUGCGUCGGCACGGGGGCGGGGGGGUCUGCCAGAGACCUCACGGCGGUGGGGACAGCAGCCACAGCGGUAGGAGCAGCAACAACGCCGUCUGGGGAUGGCGGUGGUGGUAGUGCUGCCGCAGCAGCAGCCUCCACAGAGCCCAGCCCCAGCUUGCAGACCAGCUCCACGGGCAUGCCUGGCCUGCCAUCCGGCUUCUCGCAGCCCUCGCCAGCGCCCCCCCUUCCGCCGCCACCGCCCCAGGGCUCCUCCUCCGCUGCUGCGGGCGCUGCCGGCGGCCUGCGGGCGGGUCUCUGGUCGCCCGCAGCGGCGGCCUCAGGCGCCCCCAUGGGAGCCAGCGCUGAGGCCGAUCACUCGCAGCAGCACACGCCUCGCAUGGGGGCAGGUCCGGGUGAGGCGGCAUCGUCACUGGGGCUGUCUCCCAGCCCCUUCCAGAGCGCUGCCGCGGCGGCACACCCCGCGUCCCAGCCCGGCGGUGUUGUCCUCGCCACCCUGCCGCAGCAUCAGCAGCCCCUGCAUGGGCAGCAGCAGCAUCAUGCGCCGCUGCCCUCGCCCCCUCGCGGCGGCCCCGCCGCCCGGGCGCUGCGUACCUCGGAGCGCGACGUGCUGCUGGUGCUGACGUCGUUCUGCCGGCUGGCGUCGCGGGAGGCGGGCGUGACGGAGAUUGACAAGUACCUAACGGCCGGCAAGCUGCUCGCGCUGGAGCUGGUGGUGAAGGUGCUGCAGAACCCCAUACACCACGGCUGGGAGAACGUGCGCGAGGAGUUCGUGCGGCCGCUGCACCAGCCGCUGUGCCUGGCGCUGCUGCGCAACAGCUCGCCCGCCGACCCGCCCGCCUUCGGUCUGGCGCUGCGGCUGCUGACGGCGCUGCUGAUGCUGCCCAAGCUGCGCAGGGGGCUCAAGGCCGAGCUGGGCGCCUUCUACCCGCUGCUGCUGCUGCGGCCGCUGGAGGGCGAGCAGCUGGGCCCCCCCGAGCUGCCCGCCGCGGCCGCCUGCCUGCCCUGCCUGGCGGCGCUGGCGGGCGAGGCGGCGCUGCUGGUGGACCUGUUCGUCAACUACGACUGCGACCUGCGGGCGCCCAACCUGUUUGAACGCAGCGUGCAGGCGCUGUCCCGCCUCUCCCAGCGCUCCGAGCUGGACGGCCCGCCUGCCGCCUCCGCGCCCAAGCAGCAGGAGCAGUCGCGGCAGCUGACGGCGCUGCGGGAGGGGGCGCUGCGGUCGCUGCUGGCGGUGGUGCACUGCCUGGACGCGUGGGCGGGGCCGCUCAAGGAGGCAGCGGGGCCGCCGGCAGGGCCGCAGCUGGGCAGCAACGGGGCUGCGGCGGCUGGUGGCGGUAAUGCUGGCGGUGGCGAGCAGCCGCAGCAGCAGCAAGGGGAGGAGGGCAAGGAGGGGGAUGUGGGUGGCGGUGGUGGGGUGCUGGCGCUGCGUAUGAAUGGUGGCGGAGGUAACGGUGGCGGUGGUGGCGGUGCGGAUGCGUCUGAGGCUCAGCGGUUCGAGGCGGCCAAGGUGACCAAGAGCAGCCUCAGUCGCGGCAUGGCGCUGUUCAACGGGGGCAGCCCCGUGAAGGCCAUGCGCUUCCUAAUCGCCAGCGGCCUGGUUGAGUCCAGCCCGGUGGGCGCCGCCGUGUUCCUGCGCGCGCACGUGGCCGACCUGGACCCCGCCGCCCUGGGGGAGUACCUGGGGCACCACGAGGACUUCGAGCUGGCGGCCAUGCGGGCGUAUGUGGACAUGGAGAGGUACACCGGCAUGACCAUCGACGCCGCGCUGCGCUCCUUCCUGUCGCCCUUCCGGCUGCCCGGUGAGGCGCAGAAGAUCGACCGCCUCAUGGAGGCAUUCGCGGAGCGAUUCGUGGCGGACAACCCGGGUGUCUUCCGAACCGCUGACGCAGCCUACGUGCUGGCAUUCGCAAUCAUCAUGCUCAACACGGACGCACACAACCC